GUUUCAAUAAAAUUCACUCGAGUAUUAUUUGUUUCCAUUUCACUGCGAUGGUUGACUUUUGAUUUGAAAUUAUUGAUAAAAUGGGUGGUCUCAAAAACUGCGCCUUGAUAAAAUGGAUUUUCAUAUUCAAUUUGGCCACUGGAUUGGCUCCUGUAUUAAUUUUGGCAGAAGUUUCAGCAAAUUUAUCAACUCUCUUCCCUACUCUAAAAGUGAAUUUUUAUUCCUUGCCAUCAACAAAUGAUCAACCUGUUAAGAACUCAGAAGUUAAUGCUUCUCAGCCAUUCAAUACUACAACGAAUAAUACAGAUGAAUACUGGAAUUUUGAGGCCUCAAUACCAGAGGAUCCUCAUCACUGCUUAAGCGAAGAAACCUCAUCAUGUGAUCCUUCUGAUCCAUACAGAACUAUAGACGGAAGCUGCAACAAUUUGAUUCAUCCAACAUGGGGCGCUGUUAAUGAUUGCUAUUUCAGAUAUCAACCACCAUCUUAUGGAGAUUUCGAAACGAUUCCAAAAUCUAAGAAUGGCGAUCCUUUGCCUCCAGCUAGAGACUUAAUUGUGAAUAUCUUCAAAAACGUUCAUCGGCCAUCUCCAAACAUUUCCUUCGUGUUCACAAUUUAUGGCCAAACUGUGGCCCACGAUUUAUCCAGAGCAGAAAAUUUCAACAUACUUGAACCAUGCUGCGAAGGUCUCCCUUAUCAUGAAUCUUGUUUGCCCAUUCCAAUAAGAUCAAAUGAUUCAUUCUAUUCACAAUUCAACAUCACAUGUUUAAAUAUACAUAGAACGCAGGCUUGUGAUAUCUGCAAUACCAUGAACAGAGAACAGGUUAAUGCUGUAACAGCUGCCUUGGAUGCAUCAAACAUAUAUGCUUCAGAAAAUGAACGUUUGAUGGAUAUACGAGCCAAUGAUGGAACAGGAAUGCUGCGCACCAAUGCAACUGAGCAUGGUGAUCUUUUGCCUGCAGAUCAAGGUCCUUAUCACGUUUUUUGCCGUCAAAAGAAACUUUACACUUGCUUCAAGGCAGGAGACGUACGUGGAAAUCAGCAUGCUUUCCUAACUGGCAUUUCGACAUAUUACAUGAGAGAACAUAACAGAAUAGCUAAAUAUCUCAAGAAGAAGAAUCCUCAUUGGGAAGAGGAGAAAUUAUUUCAAGAAGCCAGGAGAAUCACCGCAGCAACUAUGCAAUGCAUCACCUACAAAGAAUACUUACCGGUGCUCCUUGGUCAGUACAUUAUGGAACAGUUUAACUUGACGGUCAAAAAUGGAUCAGAAGGAUCAACGUACAACCCUAAAAUACGACUUGGAGUCAAUAACGAAUUCUCAACUGCAGCCUUUCGUCUGCAUAGCAUGGUACCAAAAGACGUGGAUUCAAUGGGUUCGAGGCUGAAAGAUUAUUACUCUAAACCAGAACUUAUUCAUGCAGGCGAAAUGGAAGGAAUAAUGCAAAAGAGUUACAAGAUGCCAUCCCAGGAAUACGAUCAUUAUUUUGUGGAGGAUGUGUCUAAUUACAUGGCUCAACGGAACGGACAACCAUUUGGUCUCGAUUUAGUUUCUCUUGACAUUCAAAGAGGAAGAGAUCAUGGAUUGGCUCCUUACGUGGUAAUGGUAAGAUUCUGUUCCGAAGGAAGAUUGAACAUUACGACCUUUGAUGACCUUGCGCCUUUGCUGAUGACGGAGGAAAAUGCAGAAAUGUUGAAAGAAAACUAUGCAUCAGUGGAGGACAUUGACUUAUUUGUUGGAAUUCAGAUGGAACACCCCUUUCCUGGAUCAAUAGUAGGCCCAACAGCCAGUUGUAUAAUCGCUCUGCAGUUUUAUUACACCAAGUUUGGGGACCGAUUUUUCUUUGAACAUAUAGGGGAAAUACCUUCCUUCUCUGAAGCCCAAAGAAAUUCCAUCAGGCAGUGUUCUUUAUCUCGUCUUUUGUGCGAUAAUUCUGACAUUACACACUUGCAAAAGAAUAUUAUGCUUCUUCCUAGUGAUACAAAUCCUGAAGUUCCUUGUGAAGACAUUCCAGAAAUCGAUCUAUCUCUUUGGAUAGAAAGCCCACCCCAUGAAAAUAACACCACUGUUGAUUCUUUUUUGUCUCUUUUAUUAGCUCAUUAUUAUUUAUAGAGAAAUAUAAAGAUAAUUUUAUAUUGAAACAAGUUGAUCUGAAACUUUUUUCUCUAAUCAUGUGUU